AUGCCUUGGUGUCCACCAGAAUUGAGACCGCUAAAAAUACGGCGAGUUAAAGUCAACGAACCGCUCUUACAAGAAACAUAUUCAAAGCUUAUCGGUCAGACAUUUUCUGGCACUUACAUGGGAACAUUUCAAGUACCCGAAGCCCAUAGACUGGAUGAAAGACGCGUGCACAGAGGAACUAUUGAAAUUGCUGACAAGGAUAUGGAAACAAUGUUGAAAGGAAUACACAAUGUGGUUGAAACUGUUACAUUUUGGAGCGGCAUAAGUCUGCCAACGGAGCAAGGCACUAUCUGGUUGUGGUGUCUUCAGCCUGUGAAUAAUACAAGUGUGGGGCAACUGAACCGUUUCCAAGUGACUUCUGUUACUUUCUUUAAAGAAUCUGAGUUCAGAGCUGAGGCGGAAAUAGGGGUUGAAGUUGUAGCAUGA